ACCCCUUCUCUUUCUCCCUCUCCCUCUCUCCCACUCUCUCUCUCUCUCUCUCUCUCUCAUUGCUGCGUGCACACGUCCGACAGUGUUAGAGUGUUUUGUGGACGGUGAUGUGGACGGUGAGACAGGUGACAUGGCACGGCUGCACACAAACAUGGCCAGGAUGAAAGUGAGAAGGCACUUAUUGUUCUGCACUGCCGGAGUUUGUUUGCUGUCUCUGAUGUACUGCUUUAAAAUUCUCCAUCAGGAAGCUCUGCUACAGAGACUGUACACUUACAGCUCUCACCUGACAGGAUUCAAAGAUUUCCUCUGGGAAGACAAACUGGCCACGUCCCUUGUCUACGACACGGCUAAGCAGAAGGCGAUUAGGCUGCAAACAAGUCAGAGGAUGAACCCAGCAGAUUUGCUCCUGCUGAAUUCCUCAGGCCUUCAUAAACGAUCGUACGUUCUGCAGGAUGAGCCUGCAUCCUAUUUCAUCCUCAAUGAGAGAGGAGCUCUGUGCUUUACUGAAGGAACAGAAAAGGGAUCAAAAACACCAGAAGAUGCCAUGGUCGAUGAACCUCAAAGUGUGCUUCGGAAGCACCGUGUAAAAAAUGAAAGCAGUCAUGAAGGUCAGCCGGUCAUAUUGUCAAGGAAGGCAUCAAAUUGUGUUUGCCACCAAGGUUGGCAUGGCCCUAACUGUGGAAUCCCUACAGUGGUGCAACACUCAAAUCUUCCGACCAAAUCACAUCUGAAGCCCAGGAAGGUUCCACGACGAAUCAUAAACGCCGUCAACAUCAAUCAUGAGUUUGAUAUGCUGCAUGCAAGAUUUCAUGAACUAGCAGAUGCUGUGGAUCUCUUUCUGGUGUGUGAGUCGAAUUUCACUGCAUAUGGUGAGGCCAAACCCUUGACGUUCCUUCGACUUCUCCUCAACGGAACGUUUGAUUAUGUGAAGAACAAAAUCGUCUACAUCUUCCUGGACCAUUUCCCCAAAGGCGGCCAAGUGGACGGCUGGAUUGCAGACGAUUACCUGCGGACUUACCUGACCAAAAAUGGCUUGCUAAGGAUUCAGGGUCUGCGACCCGAUGACGUGUUCCUUAUAGAUGAUGCAGAUGAGAUUCCGCUUCGGGAAGGAAUUCUUUUCCUCAAAUUGUAUGAUGGUUGGACAGAACCAUUUGGGAUUCACAUGCGGAAGUCAUUGUAUGGAUUUUACUGGAGGCAGCCAGGAACAUUGGACAUUUUAUCUGGAUGCACCAUUGGCAUGCUUCUUGACGUCUAUAAAGGGGACGGAAUCCUGCUACGACGUCGGGCUUAUUACACCAUGCCAGAUUUCCGGGAGUACGAAAAGAAGUCGGGACAAGUUUUAAUGCCGUGGUCCAUCGGAAGCCCGGUGCACUACGCAGGAUGGCAUUGCUCAUGGUGCUUCACACCAAAAGGAAUUUAUUAUAAACUAAUUUCUGCACAAAAUGGAGAUUUUCCCCGCUGGGGGGACUAUGAGGAGAAACGUAAACUGAGUUACAUCAGGGAGUUAAUAAGAACCGGUGGAUGGUUUGAUGGGUCAGAAACAAACUAUCCUCCAACAGACCCUAAAGAGCACAUGUUUGCACCCAAAUAUCUGCUGGAUAAUUACAAGAAGUAUAUCUUUUUGCUGGAGAAUCCAUAUGCUAAAAAGCAUGAUUUAAUUCCUAAAUGAAGGCUGGACUACACAAAAUGCUACUUAAUUUCAGGAGUUUAACUUAUGUAAAGUCACUUCCAAAAUCCAGCAGUUGAAAAGUCAUGAUUUUUCUGAUAGUUCUUCCUCUAUUACAAAAGCAAUACACACAGGAAGGGGAGGAAAGACUGAUUCUCAUAUCAGGAGAUACCAAAGUCAGACCAGCUGUGUGAGGCUUUAUGUGACGUAUUAGCUUAUUCCAAAUGAGUGGCUAGUUUACCGUUAAUUAAGCAAGCAACACAAUACAUUUAACCAGGUGAGUGCCAAGUGACAUUUAACCAAACAAAUGUCUAGCUUACUUUUAACCAGGUGAGUCACUAAUUUCUUUAAAACUAAGCAAGUGGAUAGUUUACCUUUAAUUUACCUUUAAUCGAGUGAGAAGCUACUUUUAAGCAGAUGUGGCCUUAAACAAAACAAGUGUCUAAUUUAUUCUUAACCAGGUAAGUCUUUAAUUUCUUUAACCAGGUGAGUCAGGUGAUUGUCUUUGUCCAGGUAUUUAGCUAGUUGCCUUUAUCCCAAAAGGUUGUUGGCCUUUACCCCGGUGAAUGACGUGAUGCCAGGCAGGUUAGCAAGUCACUUCCUCCUAACCCUUCUCCAAACAAAAGCUGCUGCAGUGCGAGAAAACACUGGAGCCUCUUUUUCCAAAGAGCAGCAGCAGAAAUCUGAGACUUUCACCAGGUUUUUAUCUCUGGGACAGUCGUCUCACUGGCAAAUGUCAUAGGAACAACCUUCAUGAGGGACAUUCGGUCCUUUCCUCACAAGUCUUUUGUUUCUGUCUGGUUUUUAUCAAUAGAAAUAAACAAACACUGUAAAGCACAGUCAGAAAAACAAGGAGGAGUCAUUAGGAUGAACUCCAAUACACUCAGAAUAACCAGAGGUGUGUGUGUGUGUGUGUGUGUGUGUGUGUGUGUGUGUGUGUGUGUGUGUGUGUGUGUGUGU